AUGGAAUUUGUUGUUGAGCCCGUGGUCUCUGAACUCUUUAAGGGGUUGUUUAAGAUAUUGGAGUCCAAGGAGGUGCAGGACUUUGCCCGGAACCUUGUUGGAGUAGAUUCAGAGCUCAAAGAGCUGGGGGAAAAGGUGCAGAUGGUUGAAAACCUUCUUGGCAAUGCAGAAGACAAGCAACUGACUGAUAAAAGGGUUAAAGAGUGGCUUGACAAUCUUCAAGACUGGGCUUUUGAUGCGGAGGACUUGCUGGAUGAGUUUGCCUACCAUGCUUCGCGACGCAAACUGAAGGCAGAACACCAGGCUAGCUCUAGCAAGGUUAUGAGCUGCCUCCGUGCUUCUUUCCCUAGUCCCUUUCACAUGGGGUCCAAGAUCAAAGACAUCACUUGCCGCUUGGAGCAACUGCAGCAGAAAAGAUCAGCUGAACAUGAAAUGCAAGUAGUUUCUGGAGGGACAUCAAGUAACGUCGCUGCACCGCAAAGACCAGAGGAAACUUCAAGCGUCCCACCUGAACAGGUUGUUCAUGGCAGAGUUGAAGAUGAAGCCAAACUACUUGACAGGGUGAAAAGCGCUCAACCAAGUGGUGCCAACUUUCGAGUGAUAGCCAUCGUCGGCAUGGGAGGGAUCGGUAAAACAACGAUUGCUCGGAAAAUAUACAAUCACAUGCAGGUGCUGGAAGAUUUUAAGUUUGAUAAAAAGGCAUGGGUCUGUGUUUCAAACAACUUUGAUGUUCUGACAAUUUCAAAGGCAAUUCUUGAGUCCAUAGACUCCUCACCCUCUAUUCCAAAUCAUUUAAAUGAAGUGCAACUUAAAUUGCGGGACACAGUAAAUCAGAAAAAAUUCUUACUGGUCUUAGAUGAUGUCUGGAGUGACGACUAUGGACAAUGGGAAAUCCUCAAGGCUCCCUUCAAGGCUGGUGCACCCGGAAGCACCAUGAUCAUCACAACACGCCUUGAAAAUGUUGCAUCUGCAGCAAGAUCCUUUGUUACUUAUCCUUUAAAGCCAAUAUCUGAUGAUCAUUGUUGGCAAUUGUUUCAAGAACAUGCAUUCGGUGAUGGUUCCAUGGCCGAGGCUCAUGAAAUUCACCAUUCGAUUCGUGAGGGACUUAUUCAAAGAUGCAGAGGCCUACCUCUAGCAGCAAAGACUCUCGGUGGUCUUCUCCAUUCUAAACCGUGGGAUUCUUGGGAAAAAAUAUUAAACAGCAAUAUAUGGAGUACAUCUGAUAAAAGUGAUCAAAUUCUCCCAGCACUAAGGCUAAGUUAUCAUUAUCUUCCUUCGAAUCUAAAAAGAUGUUUCGCCUACUGUGCAGUUUUUCCUAAAGAUUACGAAUUCAAGGAGAAUGAACUUGUACUUUUGUGGAUGGCAGAAGGUAUAGUUCAAUCAUCUGAUAAGCAAUUCGAUAAGGCUGGUGAGUAUUUUCGCGGUUUAUGUUCAAGAUCACUUUUACAAAAAUCAAGUAGCCAUAGUUCCAAUUAUGUAAUGCAUGAUCUUAUCCAUGAUUUAGCUGAAUCUGUUUUUAAAGAAUUCAGUUUUAGAUCUGAGAAAGCCAUUAUCGAGCUACCGCAAAAUAUUAAAAGAAUGCGUCAUUUUUCUUAUAUUUCUGAUCGAUUUAAUGGUGAAAAGAAAUUUAUAGGCUUGGAAAAGCUUAAGAGUUUAAGAACAUUCUUGCCGGUAUUCAUGAGACCUCAUCACUUUUUUGAUAACCAUUUUAUAAGUGCUAUGGUUAUUUUUUAUUUGUUACCGAAGUUAAAAAAGUUGAGAGUAUUAUCUUUAGAAAAAUCCACCAUCACUUAUUUACCUGAUUCAAUUGGAGGUUUGAUGCAUCUACGGUAUCUCAACUUUUCUUAUACUAUGAUCAAAAGUUUGCCUGAGUCAACAAGCCAAUUACUUAAUUUGCAAACUUUAUUAUUAAAAGGUUGUUCUCGUCUUGUGAAUUUACCUUUCAACAUGAGAUAUUUGAUCAAUUUAUAUCAUCUUGAUAUAAGUGGUCACAAUUCAUUGAAAGAGAUGCCGUCAAGAAUGAAAGAGUUGAAAAAUCUCCGAGUAUUGUCUAACUUUAUUGUAGGGAAGGAAUCGAGCUUGAAUUUGGAAGAUUUGAAGAGUUUAAGUUCUCUUCAAGGAUAG